CAGUCGCGCGCACAGGUAUCACAGUCGGUCGUCGGACGGUUAGGUGCGUCGCGUCGCGUAUUUUCGUUCCGCGAUUUUUCGACAAACCCAUAGUGGUACCAAUACGAUAAUAAUUUACCUAAUAAAAACAUCGUGCGCUCGAUCGCCUCGUAAAAACGUUAUCGAGAAUCGGGCGACAGCAAUUAUUAUUAAUAGCAGAAUAAUCGCCUGCCUCCAAACACGAAACUCGCACCUGUCCGCGGGGCUCGGUUUGUUCGCCGGGCACGUCGUCCGUUCGAGUCGUUUUUCGGUUCGGUUCGUGUGGUUUUCGACAGCAACGCGCGGCGUCCGUGUGAUCCGCGCGGUCGACAGCGAGCGGAUAAUGCGAUAUCGUCGUCAAUAAUUAUUAUUAAUCGCGUGGGCAAAACGUAAGUGAGUGCGUACAGUACGGGCGAGGACCGGCGCGACUCUGCCCAGAACAUGACGCGUAUCGUUAACAGUACCUGGGUGUAGGUAGACGAACUAGACAAAGAAACGCCGCAGAAAUGUGAUCGGGCGCGGGCGCAUCGUUUCGCCUUUUCCGCCGUGUACAUUCGCGCUGCAAUCAUAGUACCAGGUACUUAUAUUAUUAACACGUUAUAUGGAUCAUUGCGAUGGCCUAUGUCGUAUGGCGAGUGUUGCGGAAGAAGUAUCUCAAAGUCAGAAGCGGAGUCACUCUGAACGGUUUGAUGGAUCCUCAACAAAAAGUAUUUACUGUUCAACAACUUGUCGACGAGUUUAUUGGACCAUACUAUGUGAAUUAUAGCGAAACACGUGCAGUUCUUGUGAGGCAAGCAAAACAACUGUUGACAAACGUAUACCAAGAUGAUGUCGCUAACUUUCAUGGAUGUUUUUGUGUGCCAGUCAGCGAAAUUCUCAAAAAAGUUGUAGAAACGUUCAGAAAAUAUCAGUGUUGCGACGUUUGGGCAGGGUGGCCGCUUAGCCACGGCCAGCGUGGCGUGCUGACUCAUCUGGUAGCGCCGAUCGGUUGCUGCUCGGGCGGUGCACCGCUGUCUGACGCGUACCUGUCGCUGGACGUGACCAGUGCUGGGCUGACGGUGAACUGGGUGGGCGCGGGCGCCCGGCUCCGGAGCAGACUGUCCACCGAUACUGCGGCCAUGCUGGCCGGUGACCUGCAACAGCUGAGCGCCACGCUCAAACACCUGGUGGCCGUGGUCGAUAGGUCGGUGCACAGAGUGCCGCUCGAUCGGAUACCGUACCCUUGUUAUGGAUGUCAGGACCGGAUGUGCCAGUCGCCAACGCAACAGACUUCCUUUGUCGACGACAACGAUGACCGCGCAAAGGCUGCCGUGCAGCAGCAACAGCAUAACAACGGCGGUAGUGUGUACGAUGACGCCGAUAACUCUAUACCACACAUCGACUCUGACCCAGAGGACUCAUCGACCCAAGAAAAAUCCUAUCCGUCGGUUGACAACGAUGGCAUAACAGCGAUGAUACACCAACAAAAACAGUCACAACAAUCCGUCAGAGUACCAAAGUCCAUUUGUGACCUAUCGGAAGACAUUCUCACAUCGGGAAUACAAUUUCCAGGAGCCGUGGACCGACAGGGUAAUGCAAUAAUAUUAUGGGUCGAAGGACAGUCUGGGCAUAGUUCGGAAACCAUGUCAGACGUUAACGCAGCAGAGCUUAUUUUGUACUAUGCAUCUUUGAGAAACAGAAACGAAAGGAACUCAUCGUUGACCAUUUUGGUGCACGAGAACAGCUGCACUAGCAUAGAAUUCGUUGAUUGUGUACUGGAACUGAUAAAGCAUCAAGUUUCCGUGGACAAAGUAAUUUUUUGCACGAAGCGACACGCAGAAGGAAACCGACUAAAAUACAGCCAAAUUCGGUGUUACGCCGUCAAUUCAUACAACGGGCUUUUAGAGUUCUUUGAAGACAGUCAGAUUCCGUCGGCAUGUGGUGGGCCAUACACACACAGCCAACUUGAAUGGAUUGAUUUCUAUAAGGAGUUGGAGAGAUUGACUUAUUUGAGCCAGACUGCCGGAAAUCGGCUCGUGACAGCCAUUGCGGACAUGGGAAACGUGCAACAAGAACGCAAUGCAAUAUCCAAAUUCUUGGACGACUCAGAUAUUAAAAAUUUACUUCAAAACGCUAGACAGAGCAUGGAAAUACUUGUACAACAUGCGCGCUGGUUGAACGAAGAUAGAUUUGUGAUGUCGAGUUUCGAAGAUGUAAAGAAGUUUCACAGUGAAGUAGAGGGUGCCGCAGUGCGGUUGGAAGAAUUGCUAUUGCAAAAGAAAAAAAAAAUAAUGCAAGCAGCUAGAGUUAACGCUUUGGAAGUCGAAACUCACGAGGUUCUCUCGUGGCUGACCAACAAAGGAGAACACGCGUUGGUUCAACAUGCCGAUUUGGCCAACAGUCUGCCGGCCAUCCGGCAACAAGAACAAGACUUUGAAAAAUUUUACUUCGUCUCCAUGCAAAAUCUCGAUAAAGCCGGAGAUUUGUUGGAAGAAGCAGGCCAAUGCAGCAAUGGGACCAGUCUAAAAGAUCUGGCCAAAUCUCUAAAGCAGCAUUUAAGAGGUUUUAGUGAUCGACUUGAAGAGACUCGUGAGAGACUCGAAGAUACAUCACGCUGUUUUUACUUACUCGAUAAGGCUUACGAUUGGGCUUUAGAAUGUAUGAAGUACAUAUCUGAAAAGCACGACACACGUAACGUUAAAGAACUGCGAAAAUACUUAAUGGCACAUCCAUCUCCUACUGCUCAACACUUCUCGGAGAUGAUGAUGUUGGCCAACAAGCUUAACAAUGAUAAACUAAUCAAACAGUGCAAGGUGGCUAUGGUAAGAUGCGAAGAGACCAACGACCAACUGAAGCACUUGUUGGGUCCUGAAACAUUCCCGACUAGUACUCCCCUGCCAUCCAGAAGGACGUCCGCACCAGAGCACCAUACAACAAAUGGUAACUCGACGGCAGACAACCACCAUUGUGGUUGGGUAGGCGCUACGGAAGAAAACUUUUAUUGCGAGACAGACCGGCUCGCGCUCAGUCAUAUCCCGUCUGCCAAUUGGACUUACAAUGAUGAAGAAGACGAGGAAAAACUGAGCUGCUCUCACACGACCGAAGGGAGUGAUGAAAAUAAGAGUAAUGAAGAAAGCGACGACACUAAUUGUCCCGAUCUCGGUUGCAGCAAAAAUCAAAGUUUACCGCCUUUGUCCGUCAACAGUCAUCUGCACCACAUGUCCAACUUACAGUUGAACAUGGAUUGCGGCACACAGACGCUUAAGUUACAAAAAACCGUCAAGCUGAUCAUGAGAGAAAUGAUACAGACCGAGCGGGAUUAUGUCAAGUCACUAGAAUACGUCAUAGAAAACUACGUUCCGAUGUUGCUCAAUGAAAACAUACCACAAGCCCUGCGCGGCCAGCGCAACGUGAUUUUCGGUAACAUCGAAAAGAUCUACGAGUUCCACAGCCAACACUUCCUCAAAGAGCUGGAAAGACACGAAAACUGUCCAUUGCAAGUGGGAGAAUCUUUUCUAAAACACGAAAAGAAAUUUUAUUUGUACGCGUUAUACAACAAGAACAAACCAAAUUCGGAUUCGCUGAUGUCCGAGUAUGGUUCUGCAUUCUUUAAGGCAAAACAAUUAGAACUCCGCGACCGAAUGGACUUGGCCAGUUACUUGUUGAAGCCAGUGCAGAGGAUGGGCAAAUAUGCGCUGUUAUUACAGCAGCUCAUGAAGAUGGCUAAAGGUGACACGGAACACCUACGGCUUGCCGAGAACAUGGUCAGGUUCCAGUUGCGGCACGGCAACGACCUGCUGGCCAUGGACUCGCUCCGGGAGUGCGAUGUCAACCUUAAGGAGCAGGGCCGACUUUUGCGGCAGAACGAGUUCCUCGUGUGGCAGGGCAAAGGCAAGAAGUGCCUGCGACAAGUAUUUCUGUUCGAGGAGCUGAUACUGUUUAGCAAGGCCAGACGAUUCCCCGACCAAACGAAUCUGGACUUGUACGUGUACAAGAACAGUAUAAAAACCAGUGACAUCGGGUUCACCGCCAAAGUCGGCGAUAGCAACACGAAAUUUGAAAUAUGGUUCCGAAAACGCAAACCGGGCGACACGUACACGUUGGUGUCCAUGUCCGAGGACAUCAAACAGGCGUGGACCGAUGAGCUGUCCAACUUGUUGUGGAAACAGGCGCUACGAAACAGAGAGGUUAGGCUGGCGGAAAUGUCUUCUAUGGGAAUUGGCAACAAACCCUGUUUGGACAUCCGGCCGAGUGCGGAUCAAAUCAACGAUCGAUCCAUCACGUUCGCGCAGCUCAGUAAAACUGCCCCAAGGUUCCGCAACUCGAUAGUGGCGUUGCCCUCGGACCUGGAUUCGAUCGCCAAACGUCCGCACUCGAUCAUAUCGGUGAGCAGCAGCAGCGCGGGCAGCAGCAACAGCAGCAGUGGCAGCAGCAGCAGCAGCGGAGCGAGCUGUCGGAGUAGCGAGGGCGCCCGGCAGACCAGUCAGUGUUCCAGCCAGUCGACCGAGAGCGGCAUCGUGGCCGACUGGUACAGCCGGAACAGUCACUCGGGCAGCGUGGCCUCGGACACGCUGUCGUCUCCGGCCGCGGCCAACAACAACAACAACAACAACAACAACAACAGCAGCAGCAGCACCAGCAGCGGCGGCGGCAACGGCAAAGGUUCGACGGUCAAGUCGUCCGGCGCCGCGACCACGGCCGCAGCCGCCACGUCAAACUCUACUGCCGCCGCCUCCACACGGCUAUCGGUCAAACUGUAGACAGACAGACGGGCGGACAGAAGACAGACAGACAGACAGACAUAUGUAGACAGACAGACUCUUACUAUAUCAUAAUGUUAUGAUUAUUAUUAUAUUACGUGCAAACAUUAUUGUAAUAUUAUCGUUGUGCAUCGAUGCUCGUCGGCCUUUGCGACUUAGUCGUCGACACGACCGUGUCUUAUAUUAUGUAUUAUAAUAUUAUAAUAAUAUUAUUAUAUAGGUUUUUUUUUUUUUUUUUUUAACGUAUUCCCAAAGGAAAUCAAUAGUUAC